UCUACAGCAGUCUGCACGGAGCUGCUCUGACAGGAGCACAGACGGGCAGGAAGGAGAUGCCUGGACAGACCGAUGCAGACAUACCUGAAACAGGAGCCAUCUUCACAUUUGGGAAGAGCAGCUUUGCUGACAAUGUCCCCAGCCACUUCUGGUUGAAAAACGACCAUCCGGCGGAGAUAUGUUGCGGCAGAGAGCACAGUGCUGUAAUCACAGAAAAUGGAAGGUUGCUCAUGUUUGGUGGUAACGCUGGAGGCCAGCUGGGACUGAAGAUAAAGCCAGCUGCCAAUAAGCCAGCCUCUGUAAAAGCCCUGAAGCCUGAAAAGGUGAAGCUUGUCGCCUGUGGGAGAGAUCACACACUUGUCUGCACACUUCAGCACUGCAUCUAUAGUGCUGGUAGGAACCAGAAGGGUCAGCUGGGUUUGGGCCACAAGAAGACCACCAAAUCUUUUCAGCUCCUGCGUCCGUUUGGUCAGCCGGCACCGGUCAAAAUGCUCGCUGCUGGCAGCAGCACUUCAGCUGUCUUAACAGAGGAUGGGAGGCUGUUCAUGUGGGGAGACAACUCUGUGGGUCAGAUCGGUUUAGGGGACCAGGUGUUUGCAGCACAACCCACAGAACUGAAUAUGGGACAAGCGGUGAUGUGGGUCUCCUGUGGGGACCGCCACUCAGCGUUUGUCACAGUGCAUGGACGACUUUACACCUUUGGUGAAAGUGCAAAUGGACGACUUGGUCUCCAGGAGGAGCAGCUAGCCAAUCACAGAGUCCCCCAGCAGGUGCACAGUAUUGUGGGAAGUGUCAUUCAGGUGUGCUGUGGUGGGGAGCACACUGUGGCGCUAACAGGGGAGGAUGUGUACACGUUCGGCAGGGGUCAGUAUGGUCAGCUGGGCCAUGGGACGUUUCAGUUUGAGCUUCAUUUGCCAAAAGCGCUGGAGCACUUGCACAACAGCAGCGCCAGACGCAUCGCCUGCGGAGAAAGCCACACCGCUGUGAUCACAAAGGCUGGGCUGCUCUACACAUUUGGUGACGGCCGCUAUGGAAAACUGGGAUUACAGGAGGAGAAUUUCAUUAACCGGUUCAGCCCGACGCUGUGCACGCGUUUUCUGAAGUACAGCGUUCAGUCGGUGUCCUGCGGUGGACAUCACACUCUGGUCCUGGCUGUCCCCAGGUCAGCAGCACAGAGUCUGGACGUCGUGCCAGAGAAAGACGCCAUAGUGACGGGCUUUUUCUGCCAGGAGCCAGAAGACGCCGUGAAACCGUGGAAAGACUCUCUCAUGGAUCCGGCUCCAGUGGUCCCGCUCGCCGCUCUGGCUGCUCGUGCUCGCCACAGAGAGAAAACGACUUUCGUGGAGCUGUUUGGAGAAUUGCCUCAGAAACGCCUUCGUCUUAACUCUGGCCUCCUCUGUACCUCCUGGCCGAUGUCUGGAAGCAUCCAAAAUCUGAAGCUGCUUCCAGAGGCUGCUCACCCCCCCACAUCCUCCCCCAAGGCAGCAACAGAAAGCCCGCUUCUGUCCCCCAGGUUUCAGUCCGUAUCCUCCCAGUUAUCCUCCAAGCCGUCAAGCCCACGUUCGCGAUCACCUUACCCCUGUCAGAGCAAAGCCUCCGACGCUGCUCCCUCCCGGUCCAAACCCAAAAAGCUGUCUUCUCCUGUAUCUUCGUCCUCAUCUAUAUCUAAUGGCAACCCAAGCAGUCCUGCUCGUGCUAAAAAGGCUUUGAACAGCACAGCAUGCAGAGCGUCGAAGAGCGAAAACGCCUUAAGCGAUAAACCGUCUGAUGCUUCACCACCUAACAAACCCUGCAGCCCCAGCAGACCCCUCAUCCAUGUUACCGACGGCAACCUGAACCAGGACCGACCGCAAACAGAGGGAGAAGCUACAGAAGGAAAACUAAUCUCUCAAGAUGUGGAAGACGAGGGAAACCGUGUGGAUUUUUUGCCAUACAUGGAAAAGAAAACUGCGAGAGUUCAGAUUUCAAAAGAGCCAGAGGUGCAAGCAGACGAGAACAUUGACCAAAGCUCCCUCACCAGAAAGGAAGAAGGGUUGUUGCUGAAGAGCAGGAAGGAAAAGCCAAGAGUCACAUCUCAGGACCAUCAGAACAUUAACAAGAGUAAAACAAAAACCCCAGAAGUAAAAAAAGCCCCAAAAAAGGGCUAUAGCAUUAAACUGACACAUCGUGAUGAGAGAGGAGCAACAAAACACCAGCCUGUGCAGAAAGCAACGACCAAAGUAAAGAAACAAGAUGAAGAUCAAGUGACGGAGCAAUCUUUUAAGAAAGAAUUAAAAGUUACUUCAAAAAGAAAGAAAAUACCAUCUGCUUCUUCGGAAACAAACCCAACUCUAAUGGGUACAGAAAAGCAGAAGACAAGCUGUUUAAUCUCUGCUGGAAAUAUCUCAAAGGAUGAUGCUGUGAGCUCUGAUCUAAAACCUGCCGAAGUGAAGAAGCGGCAGGACACAAAGCGACUAAGGUCCACUCCAAGCAAGAAAAAGGUUGAAUCCUCAACGGGAAAUGUCCAAAGCACUGCAGUGGCUGCAAAACCACAAAGACCUGAAACCGCACAAAUUACCCACCCGUCUCAGGCCGAGUCUCUAAGCGUGAAAUCUACACCCGUCAAAGUGAUUAAACACAAAUCAGCCGGAAAUCAACGCAAACAUUCAGAGGAACCUUCUGCUGGAUUUGAAAGCGCCAUAAAAGGCGACAGGGACGGGUUGAUUGGUGCAGAAACUACAACUGGAGGAGUUGAAGGCAAAACAUCAGAAAAAAAGAAGUUACUUCAAAAGAAGGAAGGACCUAAAACUAAACAGAGAGAUAAAACAAAAAGAGCAAAAGCAGAAGGAGGUGGUGACGUGGACUCAGAACGCAUUAGCGAAGCCAAACCAAGGAUUAAAACAACUAAAGCCUCCAGCCUGCUCUCAUCACAUCAUAAAGAAGCUUCUGAAAUCUCAAGCGGUGCAGCUUCCUCACAAAGCCCUGAGAGAGACAAGGGGCUUUCUGACGGCGGCGCUAAAUCCUCGCAAUCCUCUGACCGUGCUGCUGCAGAAACACCUGCACCUGAUAGAAAGGAGGCCGAAGACCUGCAUGACAGAAAACAAACGUGGGGGGAAAUUCUGAGCGACGCGGCGUCUCUUCUGCCCGCUGCGGGGAUGGCAGGCGCAGCCAUCGGCCUCCUCGGCGAGGCCGUGACUCAUGUGGAGGCUUUUCGGGUUGAUUUUGACGGCGCUGCGUCUACAGAAGCUAAAACGUCACUUAAAGCCAACCAGGUCACAAAGCAGAGUGUACUGAUUCACCCCUCCUUCUCCUCUACAAUACUGCAUUCUGAUUCUGAGGAAAGGGACGAGAGCACACAGAGGGAUGCUCAAAUGAGCAUCUUUUCAGACCUGGGAAACGCUGCAUAUGAGGAAGAAUCUAAUGAUCCAUCAGAGCAGGAUCCGUCUGAGCAGACCGGGAAUAAGGGAACUUUUGAAAACGAGCGUGGAGGAGAAGAGGAAAGCUCUGAGGAGGAGGAUGAUCCCAAGAGGAUCCAAACUAACACUGGCGAUGAGGAGCGUGAGGAAGAGUUAGUAAGCGAUGCGGACAAGGACGAGAACAGAGAAAGCAGCGUUGGCAUGGGUGCUGCGGAGGACAGCGAACCCGGGGAGGAAGAUCAAGAGCAAGGUAGCGAAUCCGACGAAGAGGAGAGCAAGGGGGAAAGCAAAGAAAGCAACAAAAGUGACACCACGGAUGCUGAAAGUGAGGAAGAGGAGAGCGGCAAGGAAACAGGUGAAGAAGUGAGUCAUUCUGAAGUGAGCGAGGCAGCUGAGGAAGAUGAAGGUGGAAGUGAGGAGCAAAGCGACGAGGAGAGCGAAGGAGAGGAAGGUAGCGAGGUGAGUGGUGACGAGGAAGAAAAAAAUAGUGAUGGAUCGGUGCGAGAGCAUAGUGAGAGUGAGGGGGAAGAGGAGGACAGGAAGGAAAGUGACACUGCGGUGUCCGAAAAAAGUGAGGAAGAAGAGCAAUCUGAAGAAGAAGAGGAAGAAGAGGAAAGUGAGGAACCUACACUGUCCGACGAGGAGCAGGAAACAGGGAAAGAGGAGAGUGGGGGAGAUGAUUAUGUGGAUGAAGACAGCGAGGAGAAGGAGGAGGAGGAAGAGGAAGGAGAACUUUCUGCAAAUGAUGAAAAAGCUGAACAGGAGGCGACUGAGGAUGAGGAGGAAGGAGAAGGGGAGGGAGAGAGCUCCGAGGAGCAAAAUCAGGGGGAAGAGCAGGUGGGCACAGGAAGUGAGGAAGAUGAGGCCACAGAGGAUGAGAGCAAAAGUGAGGAGGAAGAGAAAAGCAUAAAAGGAGAUGAGGAAAAUGAAGAAGGAACAGAGGAAAGCAGCUCUGCUUCUGAAGAAGAAGAAAGUGAAGAUGACGACGAAGAAGAGGGAGGAAGUGAGGAAAAAGGAAAGGAGAGUGAGGAAGAGGAAGAAGUAGAGGAGGAGGAGGACGAAGAAGAAGAAGAGGAAGAAGAAGAUGGAAUGCAAGAAGGUGUACAAGAAGAAGAACAGGAAGGAGAGGAGGAAAACAAUCAAGAUGGAGAACAAACAGAAGAUGAGGAGGAGGCAGAGGGGGAAGAAGAGGCAGAGGAGGAAAAAAACGGAGAUGAAGAACAAACAGAUGACGAAGAAGAAGAAGAGGAGGAAGAAGAGGAAGAGGGAAAAGAUGAGGAAGAGGAGGAGGAAGAUGAGGAAGAGGAAGAGGGAAAAGAUGAUGAAGAGGAGGAGGAAGAUGAGGAAGGCGAGGAAGAAGAACAAAAGGAAGAAGAUGAGGGAGACGAAGAAGACGGAGAAGAAGCUGAGGAGGAAGAAGCACAAAAAGCAGAGGAGAAGAAAGAGAAGAAGAGAGAGACUUCAACCAGAGCAAAAAGAGAGGGUCCCUCAUCGUUGGCUGCACCAGGGUCUUCCUCAGGUAAAUGGAGAGAAGCUCCCAGACCGGCUCCGAGGAGCAAGCAGAGCGCCGCCGAGCAGAAGAAGCCAGAAGAACCCCAGCAGUUCUGGAACGACGUUCUGCCUCAGUACCUGGACCUGCAGUGACUCUCCCAUCUAUUGACAGAGGAAGAAGAGGAUGCUGUCACCGUGGUGACAGUAUACACUGCUGGGUGAACCGGGGCUUCCACGCCUUAAAGCGGAAACUCGUCUGUGGCCAUCUUGAACUUUAACCCACCAGGAGUGGCCAUGGAGACAGGAAACUCUUUUAUAGGAAAAGUUGAGACUUUUCAAACUUAAAUGUUCUGUUGUCGCCUCCUACUGGACAUCAGUAUUGUUGCACCUAAAUGCACAAAUGCAGAGAUUCUAUAAUUAAUCAUUUUUAGUCUUAAACUAUUGCUGGUUUCACACUAGCUGACAUGCAACCAGAACAUCGGCGUAUUCAAUGAUACAUCACACAACCCACAGAAUAACGUGCCUGCCUGUAGCACUUUUCUUAAUACUUUUAUCUCAGUUUUAUCUCAAUAUAUCCCAAUUAUCAUAUAAAAGCCAAUAAAUCUCAACAAUAUGAUUCUCAAAGAAGAACACAUAAAAUACAUAGAGUCGUUACAAGCACUAUGGUCUAGUUUAAGCCUUUCUUUCAGCUAAUUGUGAUGAUGAUGAUAGAGUCAUUUAUCACAGUUUCAUCUUCCACUUAACUUUAAAUUAAUGUGCUUGGAUACAGGAUAUGAUUAUAUAUGUAUUGUAACACGACAUUUCUGUAUUAAAAAUCCAUUUUUGUUCCUAUCUGAAACUCUAAUGUAUUCCGGGAAACUGAAUUUUGGGUUUUGGGAUAAUCAACUUUAAGAAGUAAGUGCUUGAAACACAUCACUCUCUGCAUUAUGAACCCAAGAAAUACAUGAGUUUAACUUUUUGAAAUAUAUUAAAGAAAUAACUAUAUUUUCUAAAUACAUUUUAAAUCGUUGAGAUGAAUUAGGGUUAUCAGGGUGAAUUGGUCACCAAUGCCUCUUUAUUUCUGCUGCUAAUAUCUCCAUCGUUUUUUGUGUGUAUUCGCUGCUAUUGCUGUUUAUUUGUACCAUUUAUGCAAAAAACAAAACAAAAAAAUAAAAAUCUA